AUGCUUGAUCGAUUUGGAGUUAAUCCACCACCUCUUGAUUCUGUUUUGUCCUUCAAAAUAGAUGGCUUAGAAGACAUGUCACCAUUAAAUAAGGUUGCUAUUGAAACUUACAUAAUUUUUUUACCAUAUGUUUCCAGUUAUAUUAAAUAAUUGUCUCUAACAACAGGCAUAUGGAGAAGGCCAUCCAUUCUAUUGGAUUCAUUCUGACACUUCCAAUUGUCAUAUUCUCAGAUGAGACAAGUGAAAACUUGUCAAAGAGAUGGAACAGGUUGGAGACAUUUUUUCCUUGCAAGUCUGUCAAGAGAAGAAGUCACCAGAUUCAGCAACAUCCAUUUUAUUUGUGUCUAAUUUGGUGGACUCAGCCAUGUUUGGGAAAGUGAUUGCAGAAGAUCUAUCAAGUAUGUGCGUAAUGUGUGAUUAACAUAUAUAGCCUUUAUAGUCAUAGUCACACUUGUAUGAGUAAAAUCGAUCAUCGUUACAAAUUUAUAUACACACCAAUGGACUAAAAUUUGUCUUAAUUUAAAAAAUGCCGCACUGAAUAUUAUCAGUGAUUGUGGGCCUUCGUGUACAGUGCAGUUUUUUAGCUGAGUUGUCAAGUUAGCAGAAGUUUUGGCCAUGUAUCUCGGACAUUUGGUAGAACUAGAAGGACAACAACUUUUAUAUGAAGAUUGACUUAUCUUGUUGUGAUGUAAACACGACUCACACACAAAUAAAAACGUUUUCUGCAUUCACAGUUAAUUGAAUAGUUAAAAAAUCUCACAUUACAAUAUUUUACUUACCAGUCGGAAAACUUUGUUUUUGAAACGUGGUAACACAGGUGGUUCAUUUCAGUUGGAAAUUUUCAAACUCAUACAACACCUAUAAUUGUGAAAUAAAAACAGAUUAGUUGCCGCCAUAUACAACAAUCAUCUUAGUAAAUCUCUGUGCGCACAAACCGGAUGUACUCAUCAGCAUGAUAAAUGCACGCAGAAAUAUAUCGAGUUUAGAAACGUUUUCUGCGUGCGGAAUUCCUUCCAAUUUAUAUAACCUUGUUGCCUUCUGACAGAGGCCUCAACGCAUGUUGAGCGUGAAAAUUAUCUCUGUCCUGGGGCAGAUUCACUCUCUGGAAUAUGAUUUAUCACACGCCGGAAAUUGUUUCAGGUUCAACUCACUUCAAAUGCCACGAGAGCACAACAAAAGCUUUUAAUACGGCCAAGUUUAAUAUUCACGUUCACGAAAUCUAUACAACCGCAUAUUUUGCUGGCCCAGUUUAGACAAAUGAUGAUGUUUAGACCAUGUGCACAGUUACUAACACUAGAAACAUAAGCGCCUAAUCUACGAGGCGAACACAGAAUAAGGCAUUCACGCACAAAGACAAUGCUAUAAGGCACACAGUGAGAUUAUAAAAUAUUAGGCAGUAAUUUACAUGCUGAAUAGAAUAUACUAAACAGCUUUUCAAGACACGAAGCACAUUUUCAUCAAAGCCCUCUUUUAUGUAAUCAAAGUGCGGAAAUAAGUGCCAUUUGCAUUCAAUAAUUGAUCUAACCACUGAUAAUACGCAAUCUUCCCAUGCAAAUGCAGUAAAGACUCAUUUAGAUUCCUCAGAUAUGUCGGAAAAGCCGAUCAGGAAGACUGAUGAAAUAAAUGCUCAACCAAAAUCUAAUGAAUUGCCACAUUCUAAUAAAAUUGAAAAUGAUGGGUUCAUUGGAGUCGAACGUAGGCGCAAAAGGUAUAAGAAAUUUUUCUUAUCUGGAAUAGCGGAUAAUGUAAAAGAAAGUCAAAUUCACUCAUAUCUCAUCAAAAGAAACAUAACUCCUGCUUAUGUAUCCAUAUUCCGAAGUAGACGUAAAGGAACACUAUCGGCAAAAAUUCAUAUUCCUGCAACCGCAUGCACAUCCAUACUUGAAGAAAACUUUUGGCCUGAGUUUGUCAUAUGCAAACCGUGGCAAAAGAAAGAAACACAACCCAUGUGGUCAAAGAAAUUUUCAACAUAUGUAUAAUGAUGGCUCAAAUCCCUGUUAGAAUUACCCCACGAAACUAUUGUAGAGAGCGCUCUUCGGUAAACAGGAACUGCAGUAAUCUGAUUCGAAUUCCUAGACUUAAAUCAGUUAAGACUAAACAAGUGUUACCUAAUAUCUUGUCUCUUAAUGCGAGAUCUAUUUUAACAAAAACUGACGAACUGGCUCUUGUUAUUCACAAUCAAAAAUCAGACAUAGUAAUGGUGUCCGAAACUUGGCUUUCCGAUGUUAUCCCAGACGAAGCACUACUUUUUCCGGGCAGUAUGCUUCAGUGUAAUAAGGAAUGACAGGGUUAAUAUGAGAGGUGGUGGUGUGGCUGUCUUCGUUAAGGAUACGAUCCCGUUUAAAAUCCGCCAUGAUUUUACUUGUCCGGACUAUGAAUGUUUAUGGAUCAUACUACGUCCAAAAUGGCUCCCCAGAUCAAUCUCAAAAAUUGCCUUGGCAUGCGUUUAUUUACCCCCCUCGCUAAAUUCUGGAGCUAUUGAGGAAUUUUACGACUAUUUCUGCAGCUGCUACGAUGCGCUUACAAGUGAAAGUCCGAAUCUAUCAAUUGUUGUUGCUGGGGAUUUCAAUUCUGUGAGCAACGGUUUUCAGGAGAAGAUAAUUACGAACAACUGCCGAUUAAAGCAGGUGGUGAAGAAACCAACAAGGGGAACAGCAAUUCUUGAUCUUAUAUUUAGCAAUGCUCACACUUUAUAUGAGGAACCGGAGGUGCUUGCCCCGCUUGGUAGUUCUGACCACUGCAUGAUCGUUUGGAGACCAAGAGUUCGAACAGUGAAUAAGAACAUAACAAGGAAAAUCAUUACUCGAUCGAUAAAGAACUCCAGUCUUCAGUUAUUUGAAGAUCUUAUCAGCCAGCAAAACUGGCCAAUGGUAUAUAACUCUCCUUGCAUAAAUGGCAAAGUAGAUGCCUUUCUGUCUGUUACAUCAGAGAUGAUUGAUACUGUUUUCCCGUUGAAAACAUUUAAAGUGCAUGAGGACGAUAAACUGUUUAUAUCUGGAAAAAUUAACCAACAUGAUUUCCAAAAGAGACAAAUUGUAUCAGCGGGGAAGAACUGACGAUUUUAAAUCAUUGCGUAAUAAAAUCGUUUUGGAAAUUCGAAAGGAAAAACACAAACUAUACCACGAAAAGAUUAAACCUGCCCGUGUCCAAGAUCCCAAAACAUGAUGGAAAAACAUUAAAAAAAUAGUUGGAAAGAAACAACAAGGCUUUACUCUCAUUAAUCCUGCAACUGAGGCUCCAUUAAACCCGAAAGAGACCGCUUGUCACAUGAACGAUUUUUUUACUAACCUCACUAACGACUUUUCAGAAGUAAGAAGUGAAUGGCUUCAUGUUGGACCCUAUGGACCCAGCUUGCUACCCUGUGGGACUCGACCCCUGAUCUUUCGCAGGUCUGAUUGCUCACCUUGAAAUGAUGUAAAUUGCGAUCUGCCAUGUAGAUAGGACGCAAACCAACCCACUAAUGCGGGCCGUACACCGAUUCCAGUGAAGGUCUCAAGAAGCUUGUUGUGAUCUACAAGAUCAAACGCCUUCCGACAAUCAAGAAAAACAAUUCUAAUGACCUUUCCUGGAGUGUGCAUUGCCGAGUGCCAUUUAUGCAGUAAGUAGAUCAAGGCUUGAACUGCAGAUGUACCAGGAAGGCCGCCAAACUGGAAUUCACUAAUUUUUUCCCGAACAUCUUCAUAAAUCCAUUUGGCUCUAUGAGUCUUGGACUUUGGACAAGGUACUUGUUAGUGCAAUUGGUCUCAGAAGAUCUACUGAACAGCAAGGCUUGAUCUUUGGUAUUCCACACACCUUGGAUACUUUCCAUAUAUCCGGGAAGAGCCGACAAGAAAAGGACUCAUUAAAUAUGUGUGUUAGAGGCCCUGCAAAGUAUUUUGCAAAUAGCUUGAUUAUCUUUGUGUUAGGGUCAAAGGGACACUGCUUUGUUUACUUGAAGGCUGCUUAGCUUGUUCACAACGCUGUCAAACGUAAUAUAUGGUAAGGGUUCAAUAGCAUUUAUCCUAAAAAUUAACCAUCUCCCACAAGUCGCUAUACCUAAUGAGCAGGAACAGAUAUGUGAAGCAUCUGAUGAUCAAGAUAUAGCUAUGUUCGUUGAUGAUAGUACAUUGUCCGAAGUCAUUACCAUAACUCAACACUCAUCUGGUAGCCCAAUUGGUAACACCCAACGAAGUGUAAAUAACGUAGUGCAAUUUGCAAAGGAUGAGAGUAUGGAACUGAAUGGAAAAAAUGUAAAGAAAUGCUAAUUGAUUUUCGGAAGAAGAAAACAGAAAUACCACUGAUUAAUAUUGGCGACGAUAAAAUAUCCCGUGUAAAGUCGUAUAAAUUGUUAGGAAUAUGGAUAGACGAUGACAUGAGAUGGAAAACCAACACUGAGUAUAUUGUAAAAAAAGGCGCUAAGCGACUUUACCUUUUGAAGAUCUUAAAGAGUUAUGGUGCACCAAAAAAUGACCUAUUAGCUUUCUAUUGUACAGUAAUUCGUUCUGUUCUGGAGUAUGGUGCACAAAUCUGGAGUGGUGGUCUGACACAAAUGCAUAAGAAAAACAUAGAAAGAAUCCAAAAAUCCUGGCCUUUGUGAUUAUGGACUUCUAUUAUCUCAGAGCAAUCUGCUGACCUUAGAAGAACGCAGAAACAAUUUAUGUGCCUCCUUAAUUGAGAACAUGUUACAACCAUCACACAGACUUCACGGACUAUUGCCAAAGAAACUGAGUGACAUCAGGGAAAGAGAGACUAGGACAAAUGGUAAAAAGAUUUAUAACUUUUUUUGCAACACUGAACGUUUUAGAAACAGCCCUGUAGUUCAUGCUAUUAAUGAAUAUAAUUUUAAAUUAGAAAAGUAAGAUUUAUAUACAUUUUUAUACAAUUCCAUAUAUAUAUAUAUAUAUAAACGAUUUUAAUAUACAUAUAGGUCCAUUGAUGUAAAUAGUUUUAAAUAAGUAAUAAUUCUAAUUAAUAUCUGACGAUGUAAACACGUUGUAAUUUAGCUUGCUAUUGAACGUGUAUUAAUAAACCCACUAUUAUUAUUAUAUUAUUUAAUUCAGUAUAGUAUAUGAACAAGCUUUUGUUGGUAGGGAUGCAACUACCUGAACAAUCUUAUAUGACAGAACUUUUUCUAGUACGUAAUACUGUGCUUGAAUCACAGUCUGUAGUUUAAAUUACAGAAUUACCUGAACAAUAUAAGGAAAAUUUCGAUGUUUCGAGUGAAGACCCUCCAGAGUAAAUACGUUGCUACGAAGGGCCUUCGCUCGAAACGUCGUAAUUCUUCUUGUUCUCGUUACAUGUAGUUUGAGAUAGUUGCAUCCCCACCUACACUGGCACAGACAGUUCAAUAUUUAAUACAGUAUACUAUUUAGUCAUUCUUGGAUUUCAUUGACAAAUGAACAAGUACUUCUGAAAUAUAUCUUCGAUUCAAGAGAGGCGCUGUAAAAAACAUAGGUGCAUUUUGUCUGCGCAUGCGCAGGGUUCUUAUUCGGUCCCAGUUCCUUGCUACACAAUAACACACGGCCAGCACUUUUACCCGGGAAAAUUCGAAUGCUUUUCCCUUUAAAAAAAUGUCGGCAAUUAAAACAGAAUUUUUUUUUCCUGUGUUGGUGUUGUGUACUCAGGUGAAUAAUAUGUUUGCGAUGUUACUCUGAGUGCAUAUUAAAACAGUUUCUAAAAAAGCUAUUUUACUCGUUUUUUUACUUGUGUGUUUACUUUUUUUAACGAGUUGCAAUGCGGUAGUUUAUAGCAAAAAAGGCUGUUGUAUUUGUAAGAAGGUUUCGAGGAAAAAAUAUUUUUUCCGUCGGAAAAUUGUGAGCAUUUGUUUACGGCAGUUUUUGGGAUUCGUUCACCAGACAAGCAAAGUGGUUUCAUGUGCUGAGCAUGUUACAUGGCCAUUAAAAAAAUGGGGAAAAACGAAGGAAAUUUCUCAAAUGCUAAGCCUACUUUGUACAGAUUUCUACUUGUUUUCUUUCCCUUACAAAAAUGUCUAAAGUUUCGAAGUAAGCUGUGUUUUUAUUUUACAUGUACUUCUACUGUAGUUCUACCAUACACAAAAAUUUACUGCUCUUGUAGCAAGAGAAAAUCUAUUAUGAUUAAAACGUCAGGCUCAAAAACUCACCAUAGCUAUAGGAAUAAUAACUAUUAACUACACACAAAACUCUAUCAGUACUGCAAAUAAAUAAUAAAUAUAAUUUAUCGAUGUUACUGUUUUAACGACAAGUACCUGAUUUUAUGGAAUUAUGCUAUUUGUUCUAACUAGAAAGUAGACGAGUAUAAUCUGGUGGGAACUGGUAGGCCGACGAAAAGAAAGAUUUUAUGGUUAUCAGAGUCUGAAGAAGAUAGGAGUGGCAGGGAAGAUGAGAAAAGUGGAGACGACUUGACAAGCCAGAGUGAAGAUAUGGAUGAAAGCAAAUGGAUAAAGGAAUUAGAGGCAACUGUAAAUGAACUAAAAUAA